CGAAUUACAAGGUCCAGGUGUACAAGGAAUAUUAGAUAAAAUAGUUUGUAUAAAUUCAAAUUAUUUCUUGAGUGGACCAAGAGAUUGCUGUAGAGUAAUAUCUAAUUAUACAAGACAAAUCGCAGAUUCAAGAAAACAAUUGAUAAUUGAAGGAAAUAGAAACAUAUUAAAUGAUGUUAAAAGGUGGAAACAUAAUAAUUAA